AUGUCAACCGCUCGUGAACGUUAUCUCGAAUGGAAAAAUCGGUGUUUAUUACCUCAACUGCCCACGGAAAUUUGGGUACAUAUUUUCUCAUAUCUGCACGUCAAUGACUUACUCUCUGUCCGUCGUGUUUCACGUUUAUUUUGUUCGUGUAUCAAUCAACAUACAUAUUUUUGGUCAUCGGUCAUAUUUGAUAUUGAUCAAUGUGCUAAUUAUUCGAUACCAACUAAUCUUCUUCGGCACGUGCGUUCAGCAAAUAUUGAAUUGUUCACAAAAUCGAAUAUUUACUCGCAUUGUACGGUUUAUUUGAAACCACAGCCUAUUAUUAAUUCUACGAGUAAACGACGCAAACGUCACUUGUUGAAAGCCCAUGAUGACGAUGAUGAACAACUAAAAAAACAGUCGUAUUUACGUUGUGCAUCAGUUCAUUUCGAAACGCUUCGAUCAUUCGAUCAACUCCAACUAGAAUAUCUGUUGAAGAAUCGAAUACGUCGAUUGCAAUUCUCCUACGAAUGUUUGUCACAUGAACCAUCGCCUAUUUUUCUUUUCAAAUUAGAACGUUUAAAACACUUGAAGAUAUCUUUUGUACAUAAUAUUAUCCAAUUGGAUUCAUUCGCUGUAAUGUUAAUCAAUACAAUUCGUGAUAUUGUAGACCUACUGCUCAAGUUGAAAAACUUGAAAUCACUUACUCUGCAUAAUCUCUACCUAAUUCAAUCUUUUCCCGAAAAUAAUUAUGCUAUUAAUCGUCUUCGGUCAAUAUGGUUUGAGAACUGUGUCAACAUUCAUUUUCUUCUGUCUGCUAUCGAUAAACAAUAUUUGAAGACUAUUGUAGUACGUCAAUCAACAUGUGAUCGAGCUGUUUUAACGACAUUUCUUGAUCAACUUGAAACACUUCAUUAUUUAGACUUAACUUCAUUAGAGAUACUUCAAUCAACGAAUCAGAAUGAUGAGCCACUGCGCAUCCCGGUGAAAUUGAAAACAUGUAGUCUAAAUAGUACACUCCUUCAAAACUGUUCUUUUCGCUUGGCUUCAUCUCUACGCUCAUUGGAGUUGAUCGAUAUCAAUGUGAAUCAAUUAACAAAUAUUUUCAAAUUCUGCCAGAAAUUACGCAUCUUGUGUCUCUUUUUCAUCACUCAACAACUUUCCCUAUCAUCGAUGAUCAGAUAUUUUCGGAAACAUCAUCAUCGUCAACGAUUGAUUCAUUUCCAUGUGUCAUCGACUACUGAUUUCGAUGAUGAAAAGCAAAUUUUACCAGCGAAUAUUUUAAUAAUUCCCACUCAAGAAUCAGCCAGAUGUUUUUGUUAUGAAAAUUUACUCGAAUGA